ACGGGUCUGUCGUCAAAGGCGCGCGCCGUCGCCGCUCGCCGAGAGUGAAGGGGAGCUGUGAUGGCGAGUUCGGCUGCUUCUUCAGUGCGACCGCCGAGGCCCAAGAAAGAGCCGCAAGCGCUCGUCAUCCCCAAGAAUGCGGCCGAAGAGCAGAAGCUCAAGCUGGAGCGGCUCAUGAAGAACCCGGACAAAGCAGUUCCAAUUCCAGAAAAAAUGAGCGAAUGGGCACCUCGGCCUCCCCCAGAAUUUGUUCGAGAUGUAAUGGGUUCGAGCGCUGGGGCUGGCAGUGGAGAGUUCCACGUGUACAGACAUCUGCGGCGGAGAGAGUACCAGCGGCAGGACUACAUGGAUGCCAUGGCGGAGAAGCAAAAAUUGGAUGCAGAGUUUCAGAAGCGACUGGAGAGGAAUAAAAUUGCUGCGGAGGAGCAGACGGCAAAGCGGCGGAAAAAGCGCCAGAAGUUAAAAGAGAAGAAAUUAUUGGCAAAGAAGAUGAAACUUGAACAGAAGAAACAAAAAGAAGGUCCGCCGAGUGUGUGCCCGGGAGGGUGAUGGCUGGUUCCUGUGGUAAGAGUGUGUUUCGCUGUGUAAGAAACUGGCAGACUGGCUUCCAGAGCAGCCGGACCGUCCCUCACUUCUAGCGCAGUAAACGGGGGCUGCUGUCCUCCACGUCCUCCCCAGCAAGUGGCAGCGCCCCUGUGUUCAGUUGUAGCCAUUCGAGUCUGUGUCGUGCUGUCUCACUGUUGUUCUAAUUUGGGGCGGCUUCUUUUUGAUUCUUGUGUCCUAGAUAUUAAACCUAGUAGCAAUAAGCACUUUGUUUUUUGUUUAUAUUGUUGAAAGAAGGAGCAAGUGAAAUAACUUUGUCGAAUUACCAAAGGACUUAAGUGUGCACAAUUCCUAGGCCUCUCCUUGAGAGUGAUGUUUCCAGGCCCCGACAACAUAUUUCCCACACGUAUGCAUCAGUUUUGUUUACUGUUAGGAGGGGUUGGUGGUUCUUAGAGAACCUGGAGGCAGAGUAUGUUAUGGAACAAAGCAAAAUCAUCAACAGUUUCCACCUUGGAGCCCAAGUUCUAGAGCAAGGCCCCCUGCUGGUAUACAGGGAAUGGGCUACAAGUGGCAAGGACUGUGUUCCCCUUGGCCUGUGCGGUGGAGACGGAGGCUGUAGGCCUUGGACCAGUCAUACCACGUGCCAUAGAAAUAGCAUUCUUUCCUGUGCCUGCCACGAUCAGGGAGUGGAGGUACUGGCCUGGCGUCUGGGGGCUCAGAGCCAGGUUUUUGAUACAUCCCUAGUUUUUCACUCCAUUUUUCCAUGGUAUGCACAGUUUCUCUUUUCCUGAUUCCCUUUUUUUUUUUUCUUUUUGUAUUGUGGUAAAAAUACACAUAACAUUUUCCAUCUUAACCAUUUUUAAGUGACAGCUCAGUGGCGUUAAGUGCGUUCGCCCUGUUGUGCAGCCGUCACCACCAUCUUUCCCCAGAAUGCUUCAUCCUGUGAAAUGGAAACUGUGCCUACUUAAACAUGAACUCCCGCUCCCCCCAGCCUAGCAAGCACCAGGUCACUGUCUGUCUCCGUGCUCUGGAAUCAUAGGCACCUGGCUCUGUGGUGCCUUGUUUCACUGCACAUAAUGUCCUCAAGGUUCAUCCAUGUUGUGGCAGGAGUCAGAAUGCCCUUCAUUUUAACGCUGAGUGAUCCUCUGCUGUGUGCACAGACUCCACUCUGCUUAUCCAGUCAGUGUGCCCGCCUCACCCCUGUAUCUGCCGGGUUUUCCUUUUGCCUCCGUUUCCUCGUGCACUUCUGCAGGCACCGUUUGGCGGAGGCCCAGACCGUCCAGGUCCGAGUCCUGAUUCCUAGUGAUUUGAGACCUUGAGUAACCAGUUACAUAACCUCGGUGAGCUCCAUUCCUCCUCUGUGAAGUGGAUCUGGAGUAGUGGUGCUUGUCUCUUAGACUUCUCUUUUCAAGUAAUCUCCACACCCAGCAUGGGGCUCGAGCUCACCAACCUGAGAUCAAGUUGUGCACUCCACGGACUGAGCCGGCCAGGCGGCCCCAUCUCAUAGAUGCCCGUUAGAAUGAAACAGGGUGGUGUGUGGAAAUA